AUGAGUUCGCCUUUGAGGCCCAGCACAUCUGCAGCCAAUCGCGGCUUGGGCAAUUUGAACCGUCGCAAGAGAGACAGAGAGCCUGAUGAUGAGACUUCAUCGGUGGCUCCUCCGUCCAGUCCCCCUCCUUCCUCUCCUCCCAUGCUCCCAUUCGACGACGAACUUGACCGUGAUGAAGACGAGGAGAUUAUGGGAGACAUUGACGAUAUUGAGGAAAUGGCCGAGGAUGAAGACGGAAUUGAUCUUUUUGGCGAUAACUUUGAAAGAGACUACAGACAAAACCAGACACAGCAGUACCGAGGCAAGUACAUCGAUGAUGAAGACCAAGAAGAACUCGAUGUUGCCACUCGCCGACAACUAGAAGCCCGCCUGGAUCAUCGGGAUCGUGAGCUAGCUCGUCGUCGACGCAUGCCAGCUGCUUUCCUCCAGGACGACGAUGAAGAUGUGAACAUGGAUCUCAGCCGCCAAGUGCGUCGUAGAAGACAUCAUUACGAUGAGAACCACGAUGAUGUGGACAUUCAAGACGACAUUAUGGAUGAGGAGCUGACGCUUGAGGAAUUGGCUGAUUCAAAGGCGUCCAACUUGACUGAGUGGGUUAUUCAGCCACAAGUCAUGCGUACUAUUGGUCGCGAGUUCAAGGCUUUCAUGACCGAAUUCACAGAUGCUUCUGGACGGUCUGUAUACGGAGAAAGAAUUAAGACUCUCGGUGAAGUCAAUUCUGCAUCUCUGGAGGUUUCUUAUGAACAUCUCGUGGCAUCCAAAGCAGUCUUGGGUUACUUCGUUGCCAAUGAACCCACAGAGGUCUUGAAAAUAUUUGACCAAGCUGCCCUAGAGACUACACUCUAUCAUUACCCCCAUUUUGCCGACAUCCACAAUGAGAUUCAUGUGAGAAUCACAGAUCUACCGCUCGUAUACUCGCUACGAGAGCUGCGCCAAUCUCACCUCAACUGCCUGGUUCGUGUCAAUGGUGUUGUCACAAGGCGGACCGGCGUCUUUCCACAGUUAAAAUUUGUCAUGUUCAAAUGCAACAAGUGUGACAUCACACUAGGACCUUUCCAACAAGAGGCAGCCCAGGAGGUUAAAAUCUCAUUUUGCCAAAACUGUCAAUCAAGGGGCCCAUUCACCAUGAAUUCCGAAAAGACAGUGUAUCGCAACUAUCAGAAACUUACUUUGCAGGAAUCACCUGGCUCUGUCCCUGCUGGACGUCUUCCCCGCCAACGUGAAGUCAUUUUACUUGCAGAUCUCAUCGAUACCGCAAAGCCUGGUGACGAAGUUGAGGUUACUGGCAUUUACCGUAACAGUUACGACGCUCAGCUCAACAACAAGAAUGGCUUCCCCGUUUUCGCUACCAUUCUAGAGGCUAAUCAUGUCGUCAAGUCUCACGACCAGAUGGCAGGGUUCCAUUUGACUGAAGAAGAUAUUGAUCAAAUCCGCACCCUUUCCAAAGAGCCUGAUAUUGUUGACAAAAUCAUCCGCUCUAUUGCUCCAAGUAUCUAUGGACAUGAGGACAUCAAGACUGCCGUUGCCCUUUCAUUAUUUGGCGGAGUCAGAAAAGUGGCACAAGGGAAAAUGUCUAUCCGUGGUGACAUCAAUGUCCUCGUACUCGGUGACCCUGGAACUGCAAAAUCACAAAUCUUGAAGUACGUUGAGAAGAGUGCCCAUCGGGCAGUCUUCGCAACUGGCCAAGGUGCUAGUGCAGUCGGUCUUACAGCCAGCGUCAGACGUGACCCCUUGACUAGUGAAUGGACCUUGGAAGGUGGUGCAUUAGUGCUUGCUGACCGGGGCACCUGCUUAAUCGAUGAAUUCGAUAAGAUGAACGAUCAGGACCGCACAUCGAUCCACGAGGCGAUGGAGCAGCAGACUAUCUCCAUCUCCAAAGCCGGUAUUGUUACCACGCUUCAAGCUCGGUGUGCCGUCAUUGCUGCCGCCAAUCCGAUCGGUGGCCGAUACAAUGGCGCAAUCCCGUUUUCGGACAAUGUUAAUCUCACAGAACCUAUUCUUUCUCGUUUUGAUAUUCUAUGCGUGGUGCGCGACACUGUUCAACCAGAGGAAGACGAGCGACUUGCCACUUUCGUUGUUGAAUCGCAUUCCCGAGCCAACCCUCCAAAACCAUUCAAAGAUAACAAGGGCAGGCUCAUCGACAAGAACGGAGAGCUAAUUGACGAUGAGGGCUAUCGUAUUAACAAGGACGGAGUACGCCUUCCUCUCCAACCAGAAGAGGUGAGAGCUCGAGAACAAGCGAAGCGUAAAUCAGAGGAAGAGAAAGAAGGAGAAAUUCCGCAAGAAUUACUGCGGAAAUAUAUCCUCUACGCUCGCGAGAGAUGCAAUCCGAAACUGUACCAGAUUGAUCAGGACAAGGUUGCCAGACUCUUCGCCGACAUGAGACGAGAGUCGCUGAUAACUGGAGCUUAUCCAAUUACUGUGCGUCACCUGGAAGCCAUUAUGCGUAUUGCAGAAGCUUUCUGCAAAAUGCGGCUGUCCGAUUUUUGCUCAGCGCAAGAUAUCGACAGGGCCAUUGCCGUAACGGUAGAAUCGUUCAUCGGCAGUCAGAAAACCAGCGCGAAGAAAUCUCUGUCAAGAGCAUUUGCCAAGUACACACUGGCCCGACCAAAACCCCAGUCGCGGCGUAAGGCUGGUAUCCCUGUAUCGAAGCCAUAUACGCAUCGCGAGAUCCACGCGCCAAUAGACGAUGAAUAA